AUGGACCGCGUGAUGUACUUGGCAUCGCAGAAAGCAGUGGUUAUCUUCAGCAUGACCUUCUGCUGCCUCUGCCACUCAAUGAAGACCUUCUUCUCCAACCUCGGCGUCAGCUACGACGUCCACGAGCUGGACAAGUCACCAUACGGGAAGCAGAUGCAGGUGGAGCUGGCGAAGCUUAUUGGCCGCAGCCCGCCGGUGCCGACAGUGUUCAUAGGCGGACGUCUGAUAGGUUCAAUGGACAAGGUCAUGGCUCUUCACCUCAGCGGUGACCUUCUCCUUAUCCUCAGAGAUGCCGGAGCCAUUUGGCUACUGCCGUCGAAGGCGGGCUACGGAGAUUUUUAA